GGGGCGGUCAUGGGCCGGGGAGCGCGGCCGGGCACGUAUGGGAGAUACGGAGCGCCCCGCGGGGCGGGUGGUGCCGCCGGGGCCGUCGCGGGCAGCCGGUGCCUGAGCUGAGCUGAGCGGCUCCGCCUCCGCCUCGGUGCGUGCUAGCGGCGGGGACGGGAGGUUAGCGCCCAUUCCCGCGGCGGCGGCUGCCCUUCCCCCGCGGCGGAGCAAGAGGAUGCGACCCGGCGCCCGGCUCUGAGCGAUGGAGGGGGUCCUAUACAAGUGGACAAACUACCUGGCGGGUUGGCAGCCUCGGUGGUUUGUUUUAGACAAUGGGAUAUUGUCAUACUAUGAUUCACAGGAUGAUGUUUGCAAAGGCAGCAAAGGAAGCAUAAAGAUGGCUGUGUGUGAAAUAAAAGUUCACGCAACUGACAACACAAGAAUGGAGCUAAUCAUCCCAGGGGAACAGCAUUUCUAUGUUAAAGCAGUUAAUGCAGCUGAAAGGCAAAGGUGGCUGGUUGCACUGGGAAGUGCAAAAGCCUGCUUAGCAGAUACCAGAACAAAAAAAGAGAAAGAAAUAAGCGAGACAAAUCAAUCUCUUAAAACCAAAAUGUCCGAACUUCGUCUUUACUGUGACCUUUUAAUGCAGCAAGUUAAUACAAUACAAGAAUUUGUUCACCAUGAUGAGACUCGCUCUCCUCCCAGCAUUGAGAACAUGAAUGAAGCAUCUUCCUUGCUUAGUGCCACAUGUAAUACAUUUAUCACAACACUUGAAGAAUGUGUGAAGAUCGCUAAUGCCAAGUUUAAGCCAGAAAUGUUCCAGCUGCCUCACCCUGAUCCCUUAGUUUCUCCUGUGUCUCCAUCACCAGUCCAAAUGAUGAAGCGAUCCAUUAGCCACCCUGGUCCUUGCUAUUCAGAAAGGAAUAAUCAUUCUGUAAAAGAAACGGUUUCAUCCCUUCACCGAUUUUCACAGCAGCGCAGAAGAACAUAUUCGGAUACAGAAUCAUACAGUGAUACUCCCUUUGAAGAUCCUCAGAGAUCUGGUCACUGUUCUGGAAGUGCUGUCAAUGGAGAUCUGGUAUCAUCAACCAUUCCUGAAGAAAAUAGAGCAGUAUCAAAGGAAACAUCUGAACUGGAAGAGACUCUUUCAUCGUUUUCUUCUUGAAGAAACAGAAAGUAUUCAAUUUUCUAUAAAUAAUGCUAUGCAAAAGCUGCUAUAAUUAUACUGUUGUUACAGGAAGUAGUGAUUUCCCUUUUUAGAAGGAUUUCUCUGCACUUUAUAGAAAAACAUUAAAACUAUCUUUGAAGUGUAUUUUAUCUUUAUAUAGUUUAUUUUCAAGAAUAUUUUCCUAAUAUUUCACAGUUUGAAUGUGCAUUUUUUGAACAAAUGAUGGCUUAACAGAUAAGCAUCCACAUUUGUAAAUGUACCUUUUUAAAAAGUGUGAAGGUCUGACUGAUACAUCAGUAAACCUGCAGGUUAUAAACUUCAGGAAACAGAUUUCAUUUUUUUUGGAGAAAAUGCAACUUGUGCCAUGGGUCUCUUGGUCAUUGGUACCAGGUCAUCCACCAGCAGCUGUGAUUAGCCCUGUAAUGGCUUUUUUGCCAGUGUAAGGGCUGUGGGAAAGGGUCUGCUCUAGCAGCUUCAUGGUAAUUGACAUUGCCUUCUUUAAAAACACAAGGAUACACAUAAUCUGGUCCUUAUUUUUAUCCAAUGAAAGUAGAAAUAUUAAUGUAUUUUUCUAAACAAAUGUAUAAAAAUAACUUAAUAUGAAGCAUUUGUACCGAACAUUGGAUAUUUAAUAAUUUUUAUUUAUUUAUUCUUUUUUGCAUCAAAAAUUUCUACCUACUUUCACUAUUAAAGAUCUAAGAGGCUUAUUAAAGGCUUCAAAAUGUGCUUAAAUUGUUUCUGGGGUGUGUAGCAUCACAAGUAGCUAAUGCAGCGCCGUUAAGAUUUACUCUGCUCACUAAAGAUGUAUUUUUAACAAAGUAUUACAGAAGAGCUGAAAUAUCAGACCAUUAAGAUGCUGUUUUAAUGAAUAUUUGUAUUUAGGCAUAUUUUAUUUAUAUUAUUUAUACAAAAGAGUGCUUCUGGUUCUGCAACUCCUUUCUGUCAUUUGAGGGUGGUAUACACCAGGAGAUGGAUUCUGCUCUCAGUUACAUCAGUGCAAAUUUGCAUUCACUGUAAGAGAGAUUGGGGUCUGACUUUUAAUAAUUGAUGAGUAAUAUAGUAUUACAGUGCCCGCUAGCACCUUGAUCCCUAAGGUUGUUAGUAUUAGCACUGUAAGUUCUUGGGGACUUUUUGGGUGUUCCUUUUGGGAUUAACUUGGUUUGUAGUCUUAGCUGUAGAGCACUUUAAGCGAGCCAUUUACUGGUUUUGAUUUACACAAUUGUUAAAUAAAACGUACAGGGUUUUUAGCACUCAAGCACAUACCAAAAUCUGUUUUUAUAAUCAAAUCUUCAUUAAUUUGGUUUAACUAGUCUUCCUUUUGUGCGUAUGGAUAAUUUGGUCUUUUUGAAGCAGGCUGGAAAGGACAAAUGGGAAUAGAAUAGAAGCUUUCCUUACAGAUUUCUGGAAUGUUGAUUUAUGUAAAUCAAAAUAGGUCCAAAUGUCGAGGAAAAUCAUAUGAACUGUUACACAUACAUAAAAGUUCAGUUUAUAAACCACUAUGUAAGGGUUGAAUGGAAUGGUUUGUACCAGUUGUGGAUACCAGCUCAGAGCUGUCAUUUGUGCUCAGUUCUGUCAGUUUUCAUGCAACUAACAUUUGCAUAUACAUAUCAUCCAUGCAUAUGGUUGGAUGUUUUUUUUCUGAAUGUUUGCAUUAAUGUAUUCUGUAUGACAUGACAAUUGUAAAAAUAAGUAUUAAAAGAAGAUGUUUAGAGAAGCAAGAUGCAUAUUGCAAUAA